CCUUGCUCGAGAAGACGACGCCGUCGCCCUCGCGUGAGCCGCUUCGAAGUGUUGCGGAGGCGGAGGCGGAGGCGUCGGGCGCAAGGCUGCGAGCAUAAAGCCCACCCCUAGCCAGCACGCCGCACCCGGCGCCUCCACCGUGAGUCCACGUCUCGUCUCCUCGCUCCACUCGCCACCCAACGCAGACCGGAAUCCGCCGGCCGAAUAGAGUAAUCCCGGCCAGAAUGGAGGCCGCGUGAGAGAGAGAGACAGAGAGAUCGGGGCGGGCGGAGCGGCGAUGCGGGCGUGGGAGAUGCACCCGCUCUGCUGCCUCGCCGGGGAGUGGCCGGGCUCGGGCGGGGGGCUCGCGGACGGCGGCCGCUCCCCGCCGCCGGAGACGCCGGAGGCGCCGGCGGUGGCGGGCGUGCUGUACAAGUGGACCAACAUCGGCAAGGGCUGGCGCCCGCGGUGGUUCGCGAUCCGCGGGGGCGUGCUCGCCUACUCCAAGAUCCGGCGCCGCGUCGCGGCCGAGGCCGCGGGCGGCGUCAGGCUGAUCGGGGUGGCGCGCGGCGCCGGGGGAGCCGCGGAGCGGCCCAUCGGAUUCGUGCAUCUCAAGAUAUCAUCAUUUAGUGAAAGUAAAUCAGAUGAUAAACGCUUCUAUAUAAUUACUCCAACCAAAACACUUCAACUGAGGACUGGUUGUGCUAAGGAUCGGGCGACUUGGAUUGAAGCGCUUGUCACUGCAAGAAGUGAAUAUUCUUUUAAUGAGGAUUUAUCGGGUGACCAGAAUGAUGCUUCAUUUUCCACAGAAAAGCUCAGAAAUCGCUUGCAUGCUGAAGGUGUUGGUGAGGCAGUUAUUAAAGACUGUGAGCAGAUUGUUCAUUCAGAAUUUUCGCAGUACCAGACACAGAUGAAGCAGCGUUGUGAAGAGUAUUUAAGCUUUAUUGGCAGUCUUCCACGUGAAGUUGAGGUAGUUAAUUCAGUAGAUACAACUGUCACUGAGAAGCCACAGUUGGAGUUGUUCAAGCAUGAUUGCUCCAGCUCUGGAAAAUGUAGUGAAUAUAGCAACACAGAAUCUGAUGAUGUUGGCAAACAAGAGAUUUGUGAACUAUCAGAUGGAGAUGAAUUUCAUUUCUACGACACGAGACAAAGUUUCAGUGACUUUGCUGCAAGUCCUGAGAUGAGAAGGAGAUGCCUAAACAAUGGAAAUGAAGAUCAUGUAUCUAUUGAGUCACUAACUACCGACAAGGCCAACGAAGAUCUGUCAUAUUCGAAAAGGCGCACAAAGUUGCCUGAACCAGUAGAAAAGGAGAAAGGUGUUAGCCUUUGGUCAAUGAUCAAAGACAAUUGUGGAAAGGAUCUGACAAGAGUCUGCCUUCCUGUUUACUUUAACGAGCCUCUAUCUUCUCUUCAGAAGUGCUUCGAGGAAUUGGAGUACUCUUAUUUGUUGGAUCGUGCAUAUGAAUGUGGUUUAAGGGGGAAUGGUCUGAUGAGAAUUAUUUAUGUUGCUGCUUUUGCGGUCUCCGGAUAUGCUUCCACAGAUUGUCGCCCCUGCAAACCUUUCAAUCCAUUGCUUGGGGAAACCUAUGAAGCUGAUUACCCUGAAAAGGGGAUCCGUUUCUUCUCUGAGAAGGUUAGUCAUCAUCCUAUGGUCAUGGCAUGCCACUGUGAGGGGAAAGGUUGGAAAUUUUGGGGAGAUAGCAAUCUUAGGAGCAAAUUCUGGGGACAAUCCAUUCAACUGGAUCCUGAUGGUGUGUUAACAUUAGAGUUUGAUGAUGGAGAAACUUUCCAGUGGAGCAAGGUUACAACAACAAUUAAUAACCUUAUCCUUGGUCGAGUCUAUUGCCAUCACCAUGGCACAAUGAACAUAAGUGGAAAUAGACGAUAUUCAUGCAAACUGACAUUUAAAGAGCAGUCUUUCCUUGAUCGAAAUCCUCGCCAGGUAAAGAAAGAAAAAGAGCAACUACACAUCAAACUGAUUUGGGUCAUACUAAUAUAUCUAGCUCUAUGCAAGGUUCAAGGAGUUGUCAAGGAUGCUGAUGGAACCAAGGUUGCAACAUUGAUGGGGAAGUGGGAUGAAAGUGUGCAUUGUAUCAUCGGUGAUGAUGCCUCAAAGGUGAAAUCCCAUGGUUCACACCAGAGUACUGGUGCCACUUUGCUGUGGGAGAAAAACAAGCCUUCAGCCAAUCCUACUCGGUACAACCUGUCAUCAUUUGCAAUAACAUUAAAUGAGCUGACACCGGAGCUCAAGGAGAAGCUUCCACCAACGGAUUCGAGGCUCCGACCAGAUCAGCGACACCUGGAGAAUGGGGAGUAUGAGAAGGCCAAUGCUGAAAAACUGCGUCUCGAGACAAGGCAACGGAUGGCAAGGAAGAUGCAGGAGAGUGGCUGGAAACCAAGAUGGUUCCAAAGGGACAGCGAAGAUGGAACAUUCCGCUACAUUGGAGGUUACUGGGAGGCAAGGGAGCAGAGGAAAUGGGAUGGGUGCAACGACAUAUUUGGUAACUUGUCUAGCAGCCCAAAGCUGCAACCAUCCACUCUCUACGCUAGCUCAAGUAUAUAGGGAUUAGGGCAUGUUGUUUAGUAGGUGUUGACGUCGCAUUAGUACAUAAGCGAGUGGCUUCCCUCGUCUCUGUUGUGCAAAGGUUUGAGCUAACAUGCUCUACUUGUCAAUUGUCAUAUUGAACCCAAGGGACAUUCAAGCAUAACCCAAACUUUUGUGGACACUGGGAUGCUUAUGAGAACUCUUGCUAACAUUACUGCUAAAAGAAUUGCCAAUGAUACCAUUUUUCUUCUUUGUAUUC